CUGUAGUGUGACCGUCUUCGGUUGGUCAGUCGCUAAUUUCUAAGAAGCGGAAAGUUGUGAGCAAAACGUGUGAAAAUUGUGCUCAAAACGUCAACAAUAAAUUUGUGAAAAUAGCUGGGAGCGUAGUAUGCGAGCGCGGCAAUCGCAGAACUAUGAAAUUCCCCCGUGAAACGUGUUAGUUUGGCUGCAAAAUCACUUUUAAUUUGACGAUUUCUUAUUAGCGUGUUGGAAAAGAGGAAAACACACACAAUGUAGUAAACGUUCGAAACAGCGUCGCGCCAUCGUUUGAAUGCUGCGAAUCAACAAUGUGCAACAGAACAAAAAAACAAGUGUACAAUUCAAUACAAAGUGUUUUCAAAAAAUUGAAAUAAAUAGCUCUGAGAAGCAAUAAACCACGUAGCUUGCCGUCAAAUUAAACUACAUAAAUUGUGCAAAAUGAAGUGAAAACUUAAAUAUUAACAAAGUAAACGAAACAACGAAAGAUCGUUUAUGUGAAGACCGUAUCCACAAAAUACAAGUUUCAACAUACAACGACGGACAACAACGCAAAAUCUACAGGGCGGGAUUAUCAUCUUCACAAGAUACAAUCAGUUUCAGGAUAAGGAUCCAUAAACAGGGUGCCAAUCAGAGGAAUCAGGAGCGAAGGAGCCAGGAAGCACGCGGAGGAAGUCGUCGAAUCUUUCGCAGCGUUAUGAUUGUGAUGGCUGACAAUGUGAUGUGGCACAGAGUUGGACACCGUCUAAGCAAAUCAAGCGCGCACCAUCGCCUACGCCUACAAUUUUUACCACUGGGAGUCUCAGCCUCCGUCCUCCGUGCCAGAGCCAGAGGUUAUGCAUUGAGCCCCCAAUGUUUUGGGGGCACGUCAACGAAGGCCCAGCGUCAGCAGGAGCAGAAACUGCAUCAGCAGAACCGGCAGCAACAUGACGGCUUUGCCUGUGAAGUAGUGUUGUGAAAUAGAAACUAAAACCGAGACCGAAACCGAACUCUACCAAGCGAGUGAACUCUCAAGCCGAAUCAAGGCUCCCCCCUCUAAAUACACGUCUAAUUUUAGUUCGCAGUCCGAACUGCCGCAGCAGCACCAUCACCAUGCCCAUGUCCAGCCACGACACGGUCUUCGUGGAGCCCGCCGUGAGCAGCAGUGGCGGCGGCAGCACCAGCAGCAUCAAUCGCGUGGGAAUAGCCGGUGGCCCCCAGCCGCCGCCCCCGCACAUCGUCAUCGAUGGCAGCAGCCUGUCCACGCAGGCCCAGCUGCAACGCAUCAUGCAGCGUCGCAUGUCCAUCAGUACGCGCCAAAUCCUCAGCGCCAGCCAGUCCCAGUCGAUGAACACGACGCAAAAGUACGCGGUGCGUACAGCAGCCGGAACCGGAGCAUUAGGCGCGACGUCAGCUUCGUCGGGCAGCUCCGGCCAAGAGCUGAUCAAUCCCCAGAUCUACAAAAUUGUGACCACUGACGGUAGCACCAGCAAUGUCAUCAUCGACGCAUCGGCUGCUGCACCUCCGCACAACUCUAAACUGUUGCUUAGCAAUCUCACGGUGCUCUCGAAGCAGGCACCAGUCCAAGGAGGAGGCACGCAGCAGCAGCAACAACAGCAGCUUAACUACCUGGGAGCCAAGAGUCUGCCGUAUGUGACGGCAUCGCCGGCCAAGGGCCAGCAGCAGCCUCAAAAGUUCGGCAGCAUAAGCGCAUUUAAGGCGCAACAGCAGCAGCAACACCAUCCGCAUGCCACCCUGCAGAAAGUGACUUUGGGCUCCCGAGUCGCUACCCGCCUGCAGUCCUAUGUGCCGGCAAGUCCUUCGCAGAUUAUGGUGCAACCGGCGCAGCCAAAGUAUGUAAAUGCCACGGCAACAGCGUUAGGUGGAAAUGCUGCUCUUCUGAAGAAGGCCAAUCAAAAGAUCACGGUCAAGAGCGUGAGCAAUAUGUCGCAACAGCAACAGCAGCAGCAACAACAACAGCAGCAGCAGUUACAAGCCCAGCAGCUGAAAACCUUCAUCACGCAGCAGCAGCAGCAGCAAACCUACAAGGCGGGAGCCAAGGCAAAGUUUGUGAAACAAUCGACCGCCUUGUCCAUUGCCGCUUUGCCCCAACAGCAGCAGCAACAACAAGCGGCUACCUACGCGAAACAGCCAAUGGUCACCACUCCCACAUCCGCGAAGGUCACCAAACUGAACAGCAAGUAUGUGCAGCAGCAGAUCAGCCUGCCGCAGGGCACGCAAUUGCAGCAAAAAACGUCGCCGAAUGUAGCAGGAGGAGGAUAUCUGCUGCAGCAAAGUCAGGCCACGGGCGGAGGAACUAUCAAGUUUGUCAACUCCCAUGGCACCGUCAUCCAGCAGCAUCCCCAACAGCAUCAGCAGGCAACGAAACGCACCCAUUACAAUAGUAGCGGAAGCAGCGACAAUGAACAGCAUGGGGUGGCCAACUCUUCACUGAUCACCGAUGAUGUGAUGAUUGUCAACGGCACUCAGAUGACCGACGAACUGUCCGCCCGGAUCCUGCAGAGCAUGGCUCAGAAGUCGUUUAGCCAGCAGCAGCAGCGAUUCCAGCAUGUUCCCGCUUCGGGCAGUAGCAACAUGCCGCCUCCCACCCAGAUUAUUUACAGCAACAGCAGCAGCAGUAGCAAUGGGACAGUCGCCAGUAGUCCGGGUGGAAAUCAACCGGGAAACCUGCUGCUUGCCCACUAUCAGGCAGCCGGCCCAAAGCCGGUAUCCUCAGCUUCUUUCCUCACGGUCACGGGAACGCCGCCGGUUACGGUUGCAUCCACGCCCUCGGUGAGCAUCUCGUCACAUGGCUUUGCCAGUGGUAGUGCGGCCAUUUCCUCCUACAUGUCCUCUGCGACGGCGGCGCGACGUCAAUCUGUGAGUGCGCCCAGCAGCAGGUCAGUGUCCUUGGAACGGAAGCAGCACCAACAACACCAGCAACUGCAGCACGAGGUGAUUGGUGGCGGUCGCAAGGCUCCAACGGUCAUCGAGUAUUACAACAAGCACGGCGUGAACAGCAUAAUUGGCAGCAGCAAUAGCCUGACCCAAAGCGCCAGCAUGAGUAAUCUCGGAGCCCUGCGGAGUAGCAGUGCAAGCGGAUUCGCCACGACCACCACUCCAACGCCAGCUGCACCUCUUCACCUAACGCCCCUGAACGUGCCAGUCCACGUGGAAGCUUCAGCACCACAGUCCUCGCCAGCUCUGGUCAAGGGUACGUCUCAGGCGCCGGCGCAACCACCACAACAGCCGCCGCAUCUUUUGGGACACAACCAGCUGAGUGCCAACGAUGAGGAGCUGUACAUCGAGGAGGUGCGUCCGGUUCCAGUGCUGACGCAGGAUCUACGACUGCAACAAUUGCACGCUAUAAUGCAGGAUCACACGUAUGCCUCCCAGCAACAACAGCAACCGGCGCAGGCUCCUGCAGGGGAUGCCACGAUUUCUGGAACAGCACAGCAGGUCCAGCAGCCGCAGCAGUGGUCACUGGGCGGAAUCGGUGUCACGGUGGCUGGUGGUCAACCAACACCGACGGCGGUAGGCGGAUAUUGCAACUACUUUGGACAGCAAAUUGCUCGCCAUCAAGCCGACGAUGAUGCUCACUCUGCCAUUAGCAGCAGCUCCCGUUUGGGACUGACUAGCGCAGACAUUGAUCCCGGCGAGGAGACGGAAACGGCACCCGAAGCUGAGGCCGAGGACGACUCGGUGACGCGCUGCAUCUGCGAACUAACCCAUGACGAUGGGUAUAUGAUUUGCUGUGACAAGUGUUCGGCCUGGCAACAUGUUGACUGCAUGGGCAUUGACCGCCAGAACAUCCCGGAGGAGUACAUGUGCGAACUCUGCCAACCGCGUGCGGUGGACAAGGCGAGAGCUCGAGCCCUGCAGCGUCAAAAGCGCAAGGAGCACAUGCUGCUGGUGGCUACGCAAGCGGCAAAUGGUGCUGCGGCUGUGGCGGCUGGAACGACGAUCAGCGGUGGACUCGGUGGUGGAUUGCCGAUGUCCGAGGAGUUGCAGCACCGGCUGGCUUCUGGUCUGAAUGGCGGAUUUGCCACGGGCACCGGCAUGUCCAAGAAGUCAAAGAAAACCAAAGAGAAUGCGGGCAGUACCCCCGCCUUAAAGAAAACAAAGAAGAGCGGUGUUGGCAUGGGUGGCGAGAAGAGCGGCAGCGGAAGCGGUACUCCCUCUAGCAGCGGCGGCAAAUCCAGCAAGAAGAGCAGCAAACGCAAGAGCAAGUCUAGUGGAGAUGGAUCUUGUGGCGGUGGCAGCAGUCCAGCAUUGACGGCCGCCGAAAAGCAUGCCGCCAAUCUUCGUCAGUGGAUCGAGAAUUACGAGUAUGCGGUGACCAAUCACUAUUCGCCAGAACUUCGCGCCCGCCUACACGCAAUCCAGAAGCAGCCCAGUCUGUUGCAGAGCAUACAAAACACUGAGAACAAGGCUUUGAGGCAGAUUCAGCAACAACUGUCGACUGCCGGCAGCAGUGAGCUUGAGCAACGGGCACAGCUCAUCCCGUAUGCGGGUGCCAAAGUGCUGAUCAGCAGUGUGGAGUUGGCUCCGCAUGCCCCCAUCCAUGAGCUACGAGGCAAGUAUAUGCUCACCACCCAGUUCCGCACCCAGAACCCCACCGUCAACAUGAACACGCCCCCGCCCAGUAAUUACCUGAACAGCUUCAAGGCGCACAAGACGCCGGGUCAGUUUGUGUUCUUUUACCAGCUGCCCGGAGUAGAGGCGCCCAUGCAGACCCUGCGGCCAGACGGAAGUGUGCCACAAGUGGCGCAGCAACCGCCCUCGUAUCUCAAGGGACCGGAGGUGUGCGUGGAUACGAGGACAUAUGGCAAUGAUGCACGAUUCGUGCGCCGCUCUUGCCGGCCGAAUGCCGAGCUGCAGCACUACUUUGAGAAGGGAACGCUGCACCUGUACAUAGUGGCACUGACGCACAUACGUGCCCAGACAGAGAUCACGGUUCGCCAUGAGCCGCACGAUCUGGCCGCGGUGGAGCAGAAGAAGUCGCACGCUGCCGUUAUCCAGCCGACGAGUACCCGCUGCGCUUGCGACUUGGGCAGUGAUUGUCUCUUUGCCCUACCGCUGGCCGUACAGCAACAGCUCCAGGCUCCGCCGACCCAGCCAAGAAGUAGUCAUCGAAACAAAGCGGCAGCAGCAGCGGCGGCGGCAGCUGCGGCCAAUAGUGCGGCAGCCAUACAGCUAACAAUGGGAUUGGGCGUAGGAGCGGCGGUGGCGGCAGGAGCGGGUGUUUUGCCAAACUCCAGGAAUCGUUCUACAUCAUCCAGCGGCGAGAGCAGUCAAAUGGGUCUAAAUAGUCCUCAGCUUGGACAGUUGAAUCUGGGCUUUAAGCCCUCUCCGACGGCAGUUUCGCUGACGGCACCUGUACCCGGAGUGCAUUGCAACAACAGCGGUGGAAGCAGCAGCAGCAGCAACAACUCGUGCUCUGUGUCCAUGUCCAGUGUCCUGCACGACUCUGGCAUCUGCACGUCGUCCUCUUCCCCGUCGGUGUCUAUUCCAUCGCCCACACCCACUCAGCUGCAGUCGCCGACCUUACAGCAGCACUCUCACCAGUUACCACAGCAGCAAUUGUCGCUUCUGCAGCGUAGUCCCACGCAACAGCAUCAGCAACAGAUCCUUGCUGCGCUGCCUACACCCAUGCUUACGCCGAUGCUUUCCCCCCAAUUGCCGAAACCAGCACAGCAGCCACAACACCAACAUGCUCUGUUGCCGAUACAGCAGCAAUCUUCUUUGCUGCAGCAGCCCCAACCACAGCAAAGUCAGGAGCCGUUGGCUGUUAUCGCAGCUGCUGCAGCUGCACAACAGCCCAUGGCCACCUAUUUUGUCCGGCAACCGCAGCAACAGCAAUCACCAAAGCCGCAUGUCGUAGUGGCGCAGCAGCCACAUGUGGCUGGUGCUCAACAGCAGCAAACUUUCAUGCAGCAGCAGCAGAAACAACAACAGCAGCAGAAAAUGGCGGAUGAGGCUAGAAUGGCAGUGAGUGCAUUGCAAACCCUGCACGCCGCCCCCACGUCGCAUAUAGUGACGCCAAUCAAAGUGGCAACAGUGCAGCAACAAACGCAACCACAACCGCAGCAGCAACAAGGGGUACAACAACAAUCACCACAGCAGCUACAACAACAAUCUCAGCACCUGAACGUCCCGCAGUCGCCCCUACGUCAGCAAAAACCUCAGCCAGUGCAACACCAGCAGCAGAUAAUCUUUUCAACCGGAGCCCAGGCAAUCCCGGCGACUACGCCUACCAAAUUGAAUUCACCCACGAAGAGUGCGGCUCCUGUGGUUACCACCAGCAAUGUUAGUAUAGGUGGCCAACCAUUGGUGGCUGGUGGAAAGAAGACACCUGCCAAGCAUCAACAACAACAGCAGCAGCAGCCAUCGACACCUCUUUCGGCCGCUUCAGUUCCAGCCGCAUCUCCUUCGUCAGCCGAUUCCAGAGAAGAGGAUGUUUCGUCUAGUACUACUACGACACCCAGCACGGGAACGACGGCCAAGGAUAAACCGAAGCAGUCGCGCGAAGAUCGCAAGUUGGAAGCCAUUCUGCGAGCGAUUGAGAAAAUGGAGAAACAGCAAGCACGCGGUAAAAAGGAGACACGUCAGAGUAGCGGUGGCAAGCGUCAGGCGAGUAACUCGCCCGCCUCGCCCAACAAGCGUGGUAGCUCCAACUCCAUCAGCGAGGAUGUGGACACGCCAACAAGCACCACAUCCGCGGCGGCAGCUGCUCAGCGUCGGAACAAGAAGAAGCGUAAAGUGAGUCGCAGCUACAACAACACCAAUGGCUUGGGUCCGGGAGGCAGCAACAACAAACGGAGGAAGAGCAUCCUAGUGGAGUCAGAUGGCGAGUCGCAUGCAUUGACCAAUUCGGAAUCGGAGGACCAGGUGCAGCAUCCACAUUUGCAUCAUAGUGGAUCAGAGGAUCAGGCCGCAGGACUUCUUCUAGCUUUGGCUCACAACAACUCCUCGCCGAAUGAGUCAUUCAAAUCGCCCUCAUCCCAAUCGCACUCCCUGCCAGCGACUCCAGCCUCUGUGAGUAGUGCCUGCCUGCUGAUCGAGGCUGCCAUGGGACCUCUGGAGCAACAGCCGGCACCGGCGACAGCGUCGCCUUCGGUGGGCGAGUUCAAGUACCCGCCCGGCGGGGCCAAGACCAAGAAGUCGCUCAUGUCCAGCUGGUUCCAGCAAGCGGAGCAACAGCAUGCCUCUGGCUUGGAUAGCCUCGUACAGGCGGCUAUGAGCGAAAUCAACGGCGAACGGGAGCAAUUACACCAUCAACCCGAAGGCCAAUCCUCGCCAGCGCCGGCACUACUUAAGGUGGAGCAGUUUAUUCAUCAGGCGGAGUCCACGACUUCAGUCGCUGCCCGAGAGCAACUGCAUCUGCCGUUGCAGAACAAUUCAUCUGUGAAGAAGCGCUGGCUGCGACAGGCUAUCAGCGAAGAGACCACUCCGGUUGAAGAAAUUCAGCAGCAGCUAAACCAGACAGUUCCUGCCACACCCUCCCCUCAGCCGGCACCAACCGUCUCGCCAUUGGCGAAUGGAUUCAGUACACCGCUAAAGAAGCGGCGACUGGUGGUCGUUAGCAAUGGAUCGAAUGUGGAAGCUGAAGAGCCGCACAUCGAUGUUAUCGGAGAGCCCAAGGAGGAGGGAGAGGAGUCUGGCAGUAUGCCUGCCCUUAAGGUAGAAACAGAAAAUCAACAAGAGCAGGACGACGAUGUGGACAUCCUGCGUUCGCCCAGUCCGGGGACCCAUCAAAUAGUGGCCGAGGAUAAUCUGGUCAAGAUCGAGCCAGAGGACACGAGUGCAGCCGCCGAUGACGUUAAGAUUGAUGUGGAACGCGAGGAGAGCCAGGCAUGCGAUAAGUUUGAGGAAAUGGUCAAGGUGAAGCGCGAGGAGGAGGAGCAACGUGAACAGCAAAACCAGCAGCUGCUUGAACAGUCGGAGCAGCAGGCACCCAAAGUUGAACCCUCCGUAGUAGAACCGAAAGUUGAAAAUAACAUUGUCACAGCGGUGCCCAAAGUGGAGGCAACCCCAGAGCUAGUGCCGCCUAAAAAGGAGCCGGCGAAAGUGGAACCCAAGCCGGGCGAAUCUCUGCUGCGCACGACAGCGACUGCAACUGCAUCGGCAGCGGCCGCAGCUGCGGCAGCCACUUUGCUCGACGUGAGCAAAGUGGCAGUCAAAGCUCGACAGCCACCUCUUAAAUUGGAGGAUGAGCCUCAAAAGAAAAAGCCUAAACUGGAAUCGGCAGCCGUUGCAGCACCACCACUUUCGGGACUUCCGGUUCCAGCAGCAGUUGCAUCAAAUGCAACUCCAUCGGCGACAGCCAACUCAACGGCCGCAGCAUUAACAACCGGAACUGCUCCCCCCAGUACCAAAAAUCUCACCGAACACGAUAUACAGGAACGUUUGCUGUCCUUCCAUGCAGCAAACAUUUCCUACCUGCAGUCCAGAAACAAGAAAGCUACAGCAGUCUCGGUAUCCGCGUCCUCCAGUCAGAAGAGCAAUAGCAGCAGCGGCGGCAGUGGCGCAGAGUCUAAAAAAUCGUCCAAGGAUAAGGAGGAGAAGCGAGAGAAGGAAAAGCAGCUCAAAAAAUCCAAGAAAGACAAGAAAAAGUCUAAGGAAAAGGACAAGCUUAAGGCGUCUGCUAUUCCCACUCUACCAGUCGUUGAGGCGAAGAAAAAGACGUCGCAGCCAACAAAGCCAGAGAGUAAACCGAUGACAGCUCCGGUUCUUUUGCCACCUAGUCUACCGGCUGCUACGGCAAAUGGGAAGACCAAACACAUGGCACACAACAAUGCUGAUCAGCAGCAACAGCAGCAGCAGCAGCAAAUGAGACGUCGCACCAUGUCCAUGUGUAUUACACCAGUCACGCCUACUCCGGUGCCCAUGGUCUCAUCACUGCUGGGUACGCCGCCCACAGCUAAGAAGAGGCAGACUAAUUUCGAGCAGGAGCUUACCAAGCCGAACAGUCAGAUCCUGAGCAGCAGCAUCCUUCUGAACAGCAGCAAGGGACUCGGACUGCCGCUCGCCCCACCCACGGUGGUUGGCAUGCCCAUGCCCACGGUGGUUCAACAGCAGCAGCAUCGCAAGGAGAACAACCACCAGGAGGCGCAUCCCGCCAGUGGAGGACCUAUGAGCCUGGCUGCUGCCAUUGCCAGCGGAAAACUAACUGCUAUCAGUCGGCGAAGGGAGUCCAUGUGUGGCAGCCGGCAACAGGCACUCAUUGCGGCAGCCUUAAAGAAGGAAAAGAAGGAGAAAAAGAAAAGCAAGAAAAAGGAUCGGGAGAAGCAGAAGCACGAGAAGCAAAAGGACAAGGACAAGGAACGAGAAAAGGACAAGGAGAAGGACAGCAAGCUAAAGACAAACCACAUACAGAGGCCAGCACUACCGGCUCCAAUCACUGCUACCAAUCCGACUCCAAUGCCGACUGCCACUCCAGUUUCAGUUCCGAUUCCGAUUACCACGCCAAAGGCAGCUCCCAUCCCAGUAUUGAUAACCCAGCCCACACCUACUGCGAUCCAUCCACCCCAACCUUUGGUCAACAACUGCUCCACCAAGGUUACGCCGCUGCCAUUCUAUAACACCAUCUACGGCAAGCUGCAGGAUCCUCCGACGCCAACCAGCAACCCCAGUCCCAUUACUAACACCAUGCCAAGUUUGGCCGAAUAUCUGGAGUCUACAAAAGCUAAGACAGCAGCAGCAGCAGUAGCGACAGCGGCAGUCAAACCUGUUGGCAUUGCAGCAGUUACGCCAGUUAGUAGCAACAUAGUCGCAGCAACAGUGGCAGCUGCAUCCCUUGAAAUGCCGCCACCGGCCACCACACCACUGAAGCUGUACACGCGAACCGCCAGUCAUGACCCGCGACUGAAUCCCAUGCUCACUGUACCAGAUCCCACGCCCAUGCCGAAACGUAAGCUUUCCAUCAGCGAGUACCGGAUGCGACACCGCCCUUCUGUGGAUACGGCACCCACCACGCCUACAACACCCACAACUCCGACCACUCCCACCACGCCAACGGGCACCAACAAGGAUCGCUGCUUCGUCAAGCCGCAGACCAUUAAUAAGUGCUCUCUGCAGUCGCCGGAGCGAUUCCAAGCCGCAAUCCGGGAGCGGCGAAACUCAAUCAGUGCACACCACCACCCGCAACUGAACGUUAAUCUCAACAACAACAAGGGCAGCAGCAGCAUCAAGAGCGGAUCCACUAGCGGUAUCCAUCUGCAGCACGCUCUAGGCGUCACCAGCGGAAGGAUGCCGACCAAGAAUGCGUUAGUAGAUCCAGCAGCCACCACCUUGAGCACGGUCAACAGCAUCCUGAGCACGGCUCAAAAGCUGCACAUGUUUGAUGACAAGCCAAAAGGUGGCCACUUUAAUGCUGCACCUACACUUCUCGAGCAACAGCAGGAGAAGAUGAGCGAGCGAUCGCGGUGCUUGCAGCGGACUAUCUCGUGUGACUCGCGGGUUAUCGAUCGAUUGGGCACAGGCGCCGCUGCGAGUGCCUUGGAAAAGGUGACAACGGCGGCAAACAGGCGAGAUGGCAUCUGAAGAGAAAACCAAACUACAAACUGAUGACGAAAUAAUAAUAAUCCGACAUCAACAAAAGCUAAACUGCAGAAGGAUUCCAAUUUGCUAUUUUAGAUGACACCUUUCCCACACCAAACACAAAAGCUAACCGUUCCUUGAUUUUAAACACUAAAUUAAAGAAAAUCACAACGCGCAUAUAGUAUGACCUGCAUACAUGUCGAUUGAGCUCAACAAGCAAAGCGAAUGCUAUUAAUGGAUGUAUAUUUCAAAGCGAAGAACAUUUUGCUUAGCAAAACCAUUUGGGAAAUCCGGGAGAGGAGGAUAAACGUUCUACUAAACUACUUAGUUAUUUAAUAGUAUCGUUUUUGUCACAGCAAACAAGCCGCUUAAAUUACUUACAAACAAGAAACCUACAAUAUAUAUGCACGUGUACAUGCUAAACACCUAUAAUACAAUAUAAUAUGUAAUUAUAUUAGGCAGCCAAAAUUGAAGUUAUUGAGAUGUUAGAAACCACUCUUGGCUCGUUUAGUAAUUGAAUAUGUAUUUUUAGUUAUUAAGUUUAUUCAAUCGCCGAGGAGCCGGAAGUAGAUCGGGAUGUAUCCAUCCCUACAAAAUAUAAUUUGUGUAACUUUCGUUUAAACUUUGAAUUACUUGUAAUCGUAGAAAUAAAAGAAAAAAUAUAUUUAACUCGGUAACCUACAAUAUCUACCCAAAUAAAAUUAGCCAGACUUAAAAAUGCAAGCAAUAUUUAAAAAUCCACUACCUAGAGCAGAACUUGGCAAACAAUAUAAAAUAAGAACGUUAAUCAAGACCAAGAAAACAGAAUCCGGGACUAAAACACUGUAAAUAUUAUUUUUAAAAAACCAGAUACAAACAAAUGGAGAAAAUACAAAAAUACUUGUUAUCUUAUUAAGCAAGUGAUGUAAGUUAAAAAGAGUACAAAGCGAGGGUUAAUUGGAUGAAACGCGUAAAAAAUGUAAAUAGAGGCAGCAGGGGACAGUUUCCGAAGCCAUUUUCGUAAUUAGGCUUAAUUUUUUUUUAACUUUUCCGAAUUUUGUAUAAAAUAAAACAUUUACGAAUUAUUUAAGUAACAUAUUUUAUUUUUAUAGCUUGUCAUUAGUUUUAAAGGAUUUUAUUAUGAUCAAUGCACAUCGAGGAAUGUAUACGUAAACUCUGUACAUUGAUUGUUUUGUAUAUGUUCCUUGCUGCUGCAUUUUUCAUUUGUCACUAAUGUGCACACUUAAAAAAAAGAAAUUCAACUCAUUUUGACCCUGUGAAAAACAUUUUGCCACUAUCAAUUCAGAAAGGAUUAGUUAUUGAGAAUAAACUAGACACAAAAUUGCGAAUAAGUUGUAAAGGUGUUUACAAAUCUGUUUUUAACAACUAUGUGGAAAAAUAGUGUAUACAUAUAACUUUGUACAUAUGAAAUUUUAUUUCUUACACUAACCACAUAAGAAAAUUAUGCAGGUGGUCUUAGGCGAAGCGCUUUUUAAUUUAAAUUUAACUUUUAUUUCUGUAAAUAUGCCUACGCAACUUUAAUAGUGUAAUAUAUUCAAUGAAGUUUACUAAGACGAUUUUAUGGAACGUAUGUUGUUAAUUUUUUUAGCGCUGUACAAUACAAACAAGACCUAUUAUAAACCUAUUUAUAGUUAUCUGUAAAGCAUAUAUAUGGAUGGAAGAAUUCGUAGUUUUCGUAAUACAGAUUUUGAUAGUUCUAGCAUAAAACAUAAACGAAAUUAUUUAUAACUUAUUUGAAAGAAAAAUACCUACUCGUAAUAAUUUUUACUCUAAACCUAGAUUCUUAAUAAGUGCGAAUUUGAAUUGUAAGUCUAAGCAUAAUGGUUUUAGUCAUAAGUCUAUCUUGGUUUAACUGAUGUAAAUUAAAUACGUUAAUUGUUUACUAAACACAAACACAAGCAUGCCUCCUAAAGAAGUCGGCAAGCAAGCUUCGUCUGUAAAAUACA